UCAUUACAUAGUUUCACGGUCUUUUUCAUCAGGAUUAUUUGAUGAAUCUACUCAAGCUUGUUACGAUACAACACCUAUUUAUCGUAGUAAUGAACUUGAGACACCUGAGAUGAUAGUACAAGCAUUCAAAUUUACAACGUUUUCUAAAAUUCAAGAAUUCGUUGCACUUCGGAAAGAACUUGAGAACUCUUUACAGAAGGCUCUCGUUGAUCGAGAAAUGGUACGACUAGAAAUUUUAAUUGCUUCAAAAACCAAUAAACAAGUAAUAGAAUAUUUCCAAGACUUGGAUGUUUCUGAUUUUUCAUAUGAUGAUGGUUUUUGUACAAAUCUUCGAGAUAACAGAGAUUUUGUUUCCAUGCCAAAUUAUAAUCCUGAUAGUAAGCCAACCAUGGAAGAGAUUACUAGAAUAUCACCAAAACUUGACAAACUAUGGCUUAAAAUCUUCUCAAUUAUUCCACGUAUUUUAAAAUGCAUACAUGUUGAACAGAAUGCUGAUAAUGUCAAGCAGCUAGUUGAAGAAUUGGAAAAAGUAUUAACUGAGGAAAUCAAUGGCGAUCAUAAUAUAAUGGAGCAAGAAAUGCAACUUGGUAAUGUAAUUGUUAAACUUGGUCGCCUUUUCAUAACCGUAAAAGAAAUUCAAAAUGGGCAAAAAGAGCUUGUCCAAAAUUUCGAGUCUAUCGCUGAAGAGCUAGUCAGUGCAGUAAAAGCUUCGGAACCCGUCGACAAUUCUCAAAUAAAAUUAUAUGAUAUCAAAUGGUUGUUGUUUCAUCAGCUGACUUCUUUCUUAGAGACAUGUAAUUAUUCUCUGAUCGGAAUUGGGGCUUUAAAUGAAACACUAAAUGUUAAAAAUAAGAAAUCGGGUCUGAGAGCGUUGGCUCAAAAACUACAAAUUAUGUCAGAAUUACCAACACAACUUACUUAUUAUCAAAAAGACAUCCUAAUCCAAAUU